AUACACUGUGUUUAGUCCGGAAUAUGAAGGUGUGCGUUGCAUACUGUAGAGAAAAACAGCUUAGAUUCCUCUCCUGAAUUCCAUGGUACUGGAUAUUAUAAUAUGGAAAACAGGAUAGACUCAGUUACUCCUUUACUUCAUCGGUUCCCAUAUUCUAUUGUAUGGACUCCUAUUCCCUUGUUAACAUGGUUUUUUCCUGUUAUUGGACAUAUGGGGAUCGCUAAUUCAUAUGGUGUUAUAUAUGAUUUUGCAGCCCCUUAUACUAUUGGGGAGGACCAAAUGGCUUUUGGAUGGCCAACAAUGUAUUAUCAACCCCAUGCUAGACUGAUAGGGAGUAGAGAAAUCUGGGACAAUGCCAUCUCUGAAGCGAAUGAAGUUUAUAAAGGACGAGUGCAUAACCUUUUUUGUGAUAAUUGCCAUAGUCAUGUGGCAUAUGCUUUCAACAAAAUGCGAUUUAAAGAUAAGGAGAAUUGGAAUAUGUUCAGUGUUACUGCAUUAUUAUUCUUUCAUGGAAAGUAUGUUAGUAAACGUCAUUGUUUUUCAUCAUGGUUUCCAUUCAUUCUUGUUGUAUGUGUAAUUUUGGCAAUGAUAUCAAUUAUUUUACACAUCAGUUGAAUCACUUAUACCUAUCAUAUACAAACCACUCAGAAUAUACUUAACUGAUCUAAUCCAACUUCUGUUUUUAGUUUAAUCAUUUUUAUUGUAAAAUAUAUUAUAUGUUUUCUAAUGUAAUGGAUCAUCGCAUUAACCUUUUUAGAUGAUUUUAUAAGUCCUUCCCACAUAAUCAAUAUCAUGGUUACGGAUAUGCUUACUCGUUGAAAUUAUUUCUUUCCAGCACUUUUUGAUGAGAUAGUUAUUGUUUUAUUCAUGCCAAAUAUUUUAACAAAAAAGCUAUUUUUCUUUGACAUAUAUAUAUCUAUGUGACUGAAAUUCUCUUUAAACGGAUUUGUUUUACGAUAUUGGCAUGAAAAUAAUAAUGAUAAUCAUUGUGUUUUC